AUGCUGGGGUUGCAAUUUCUCGGUCUGUUCCUGCUUAUACAGUUCGCUUAUGGAAACGGGGCUGGUAAGUGUGAUUUGCCGUUUCAAUUUUAAAACGUAUUUUUCUUAGAUCGUAUCCAUUUUUUUUAAAUUUUUAGUUUAUACUUGAAAUACAGCGGGGAAUUUUUAUUGAGUCGUUUAACCACGAGUCUGUCUUGCAGGUUAGAACGUCAACAGUAGAGGCGGUAAUUACGUACACAUUGAUUUAUGAGAAAAUAUCAAGUAAAGCGCCGUCUUGUUAUAUUUUCGGUUUCAUUUUAUGGAAGAUGUGUAUAUUUCAUUUUAACAUUGCUCCAGUUCUUGUGUAAUUUUGUACCAAACCUUCCCUCUAAAUAACAAUCAUUCAUUUUGUAACGUUUCUAAGAAGGUCGCUAAUAUGGCACAUAGUUAACUAUGAAGCCCAUAUAUCAAGUCUUGGAAAUUAUACAAACGUAGUUUUGCGUGGCUGCAGAACAAAGGAGAAUUUUACGUGCAAUUUUUUAGAGAACAGUUGCACACAUUGAGCAAUUUAUUUCAGGAAUAUGCAGGCUGGCAUCCUGAAAUGCGUAUUUCCUUAAAAACGGAUUGCUUAAAUGGGUUGUAAUAUUGAUUAUCGCGCGGCAUAACAACAUCGUACACUGGACGAGCCUGGAUAGCUGCUUUCGACAGAGGUUCAUUGUCAUCUGUUGGUAAAACCGUACUCGUUAAAAUCGACUACUUAACAAACAAGCCUUCUAAACAUUGAUGUUGGGAGGUCAUAUAAAUUUAAGUCUAUUUUAUGGAAAACAUGCCCAUUAAUAUGCACGAUCUCUUUGCAUGUCAUACUCAAAGAAGGCACAAUUUUCAGUUCUAAAAAUUUCUAACCAUGCGCUUCUAAGAUCGCGCAAUGUUCAUUCGUACAUCAUUGUGCAUGUCAUUUAGCCGAUGAUCCUCCUGAAAUGUGUAACAUAGAACGCAUCCAUCGCAAAAUUAUAUAAACAAUAUACGGUAUAUUUCUAAGGGCAUAGAGGUGUGAUUUUCCUUAAGUGGAAGGCACGCAUGUUCUAGACUGAAAUCGCUAAACACUAAUGAAGCGGUUGAUCUAAAAAGAAAAUAUUGUAAAAUUAGGAGAUUUUUUCAGGACGCUUCUGUUUCUUUUAUUCAAGGGUAAAUUAUGAAAACAAUUUGAUAGUCUACAAAGCACUAGUCUGAAGUAUUUGCAAUUACGCCGCGUGCUAAUCAAUACUAUUACCCUAUUUGCAAAAACACACCUUCAGAAUCUCGGCUAACAUCUCAUGAGAUCUGUCACUCACCGUAUGCUGAAGACUUAAAAAUUGAUGGGAAAACAUAACCUUCAUUUAUGACACGUUUUACCGAGUUUAAUUUUUGCAGAGAUCCCCGAAAGGCUGCAUCCAAAAGCCACCGGAAUACAUCAGACAUACGAUGCAUGGCGGUCAUUCGAACAGUGGCGGUGUAUAAGUCUACUCUAUCCGGUGCGAGUUUGAGCCAAUGUAUAGUUAUGCAUUCACUAUGAUAGUAAUUGGUGUUGUCCUUUAUAAAGAUUACUCUGAUAAGAGAUAAGAUGGGGCGGUAAGUUCAGCGCAAGUCAACUGUCCCUACGGCCAUGCUCUGAGGGGCACGGCGUUGACCUCAUUAGACUGAACUCCCAAGCCAUCAUCAUCAUAAUUAUCACCAAGAAGUUCCCAUUACCUUUAGAACAGAAGGUGACAACCUAACUUGGUAUUAUGCAUCUGUUAUGCUUAGGUUAUUUAGUAAAAAAAUCCUCGCGGGUUUUUUAAUUGGCAAUUUAAAUCAUUCUAUUGGCAAUUUAAAUAAAUACUGUUUGCCCGUGUUAAUGCAAAAGCAGCCAGUAUUGAAUGCCCUAACGGAGGCAGUUUCUCUGAAAAUGGGUUCUAUAGAGCUGGGCAGGUUGCUUACAAUAAUUAAAACGGCUGACUAUACAUGCAGAGUCGGUAUUUUUCCUGAUUUUGUGUCAUGUGGACUAUGCUACCUUAUGUAUGCUUUCACAGAUUUACGUUACUACCAGGACACUCAAAAACACAAGUACUUUUCCAUGCGGAUGUUCGUCUUGCAGCCAAUUUAUUUCUAAGAAUUUUCAGAAUACCAUCAUAUCUAGAAUAUACAGAAUUGUUUGAAUUAAUUUGAAAAACCUACAGAUAUUCCUUAAAAGUGUAUAAGUAAAACAAACUCUCAGUGGUACUUCUGUAGCAAAACGUACACGCUGAGAAAUGCAGUCGGCAGUCGGUCGUCAUACUUAAGGCUGACACGAAGUAGUCAGGAGCCAUAUAUAUCACCUGCUGCUUUUUGUAGAAGACUUGAUACCCAGAGAAUUCACCGCAACGGCUUUGAACUCGACCUCUAUCUUUGUGAGCUGGGAGGAACCAAAUCGUUCAAGUGAACUCAGCGGCGAGUAUCAAAUUAAUGUUUCCAGCAGUACACACGAGAGGCAAUACCACAUACGAGGAACGGCGGGCACAUUUAGAAAUUUGGAGCCGUCUACAAAUCACACAUUCACCGUGCGUGCGUUUUGGAAAAAUGACACACCAGUUGAUGCCGUCGCGGUUGCUUUCGCAAAAACGAGACCACACGGUAGUUUAAAUUUCAUAUGCGUUUAACGGUUUUCUUUCGACCCAAUAGGGCAGAUUAAACGCAUUAUCAUUGUAAUUAUUUUGGGACACAUAAUACGGCUUAUUUUUAUUUGUGUAAGUAUUCUGCUUAAGGUGUCUAUUGGAAUAAUUUUUAACGGAAAUAAACGAUAUGUGGCCUAAUUGAAAAAAACAUUCUGACAAUACUGAUUAACUGAUGAAUACAUGUACACGGAAGGGAAAAUAAAAUGCUCAAAAUACUCUAUACUUGGCAGCGGAUUAGUUUUAUGUAGAUACCAUCACCUUGUUUUUGAUAUUUGAAUACUUUAGUUCCCUUAUUAAAUUAAUUGGUCGGUGAAGUUUUUCCGAAUUCGAAAUCAAUGUAUUCCUCCGAAGCACAUAAGCUCGCAAAGCAUAUCAAAACUAUGUCGGCCGUUGUCAUAUAUGUGAUAAGGACCGUGUAUGUGUCAGAAUGAGGAUUGUAGAGUCUGCGUAAUCCAAAAUUCUUGAAUUGCGUCCAAUCAGAAUGAGUUCUUAAUUGAGGGACUAACAAUUAUCGUGGAGAAGGAAAUAAUAGGGUUUUUUAGGAGCAAAGUUCACUCUCAAGGCAUCACUUUGGCUGCACGUAGGUGUUUUGUUCAUCUUCGAAAAAGAAUCAGGACUUUAUCAAACACAAUAGCCGAACAUUUAUUUAUGAGAGCAGUUAGAUUAUUUGGAGAGUACCUGCGCAUGCAAACGAACAUUUUCAAUUAGACUUCAAAUUAUUUGUAAUAAGAGAUACUGUUGCCUUUAUAUAGCGUCUAAGUAAACGGCGACGACUGGCCCAGGCCAGAUCAGUUUUGUGGAAAAGAAUGCGAAAUAUCGAUUUUGAAAUUUCUUUCUAAAUUUUUUGGUGUGAUGUUCCUUUUCGAAUGCAUCUGUCGGUUUUUUAUCGAUUCGCAUGCCAGAGAUUGUUCACAGCAUUUAAAAAAUCCUACUUGGCCCUCAUAAUUUACUGCGUUAUACGUGCGCUAUGCAAGGUAACUUGAGAAAAAAAUCUCUCAGGGGUGAAAACGAAUUCUGAAAACCCACUUAAACACUGAGUGGCAUGACUCAAUAAUCCACAGCCGUUUUCCUACAAUUAAACUAUUUUCACUUCAAAUAAUAUUUCAUAUGAUAGCCGUAAAGUCUAUUAAAGAUAACGAAAAAGACAUAUGCAUCAAUUCUUAUGCAAACAUAAGAUAAAUGAAUUGUGCAUAAACGAUGCCAUUAACAUAGCAAAACGUUCGGUCCUAUGUGGUAUCAUGUUAGAAUUUAGUUGAAUUUCCUUCCACAAUCCGUACUUUCAAUAUUACUAUGAAAUUCCUAUCUAUAUUGUUUUAUUGUUCUUGUAUUCAUUCCUUUCGCUUUGAAGAUCAUCAUCUUUCGUUAAAAAGUGCGCGAGUAACCUUAAAUAAAUUUAAUCUUCGAUAGUAGGUCAGUGUAAAAUAAGAAACGUUUUGCAACAAUUAACGUAAAUGUAAGUGUUGAUAAUAAUUCGUGGGCGGUUGCUCUCAUUAAGUAAAAGUUUCGGUCCCAUUAAGAUUACUGCCUUAUAAUUCUAUGUGUUGGUAGUUGUGGAUGCUUGAAUAAAGUGUUUCUAACCUCUGUUCUCUUUGCAAACGGCGAUUCGAGUAAAACACUGACAAUGCAUACAUGACACAUUGGAAAUAAAAUGCGCUAAAUUUUCUAAAUUCUAUCCAAUACAGAUUAUCUUAAAGACAGGUGUACUUCACAUGUGAUAGGUAUAGUCAAACUUUUGUAUAGUUGUAACAAAGUCACAAAUUUAAAUAUUCCCCAACAAUUGACUCUGCGGCCUCUGCAAAAUUUUUACUUUAAGUUAUCCCUUGUUAAUUUCGCGCCCAAUGGUCUCUAUGCCUCGCGCAAUUAGAAGAGCAAAUGCCAAAUAACCCGUUGCAAUCCGUUUUUGAUCAAAAUCGCCUGCCCGCCAUAAAAAAGCUUUAAUUGACACGGUAUUCUGCAGCAACAUAAGAUUUACAUAAUGCAUUAUUCGGUUAAGCAGAUUUCUUACGCUCUUAACAGUGGUACGCGGUGUAGCAUAUGAAGCAUGGACGUAUUUCGGCUAAUUUAUCCGCGAGUCAUGACCGAACAUACACAAGCAAGAUACACAAAUAGUAAACAGUCGUAAAAGGAAUUUUAAUAAUAACUGGUUUGCGUAAAAGUGAGUCACUUUGAAUUAUACCCAAGAGUUACUAACACAGAAACAUUUAGCAUGAAAAUUAUCUUGUUUUCUUUUAAAGAGGGGUUAUUGCCCAGAGAAUUUACGGCGAUUGCUCUGAAUUCAUCCUCCAUCUUGGUAAGUUGGAAGGAGCCCGAACGCUUCAAUGAAUUCAGCGGCAAGUAUCAACUUUCCUUCUUCAAUGGACAACGCGUAAGACACUAUUACCUGGAAGACACCGAGGGCCAAUUCUCAAAGUUGCGGCCUUCAACGAGGUAUACCUUCGCAGUACGCGCGUUUUGGAAAAAUGAUACCCCAGUUGACGCCGCCGUUUACGCCAUCGCAGAAACCUUGCCACAAGGUAAUCUGCAAUUCAAAGCAUGCACUUUCUUUUGUCUCUAGCUAAGUACGCCAACAAAAUGUCAAAAUUACUGGGAGGAAACAAUAUUGUAUGUGUUCUAGUUUUCUUUAGAAGUCUGCUUUUGUAUCGUCUCAAAAGAAUAUUGACUUCUCUGCACAGUUAGAUGCGAAUCGAUAUGUUUGAUGGGGUACAGUCCUAUUAGUAUGACGCAGGGUUUGAUCGGCCCUGUUGAGUCACGCAAGUUUCAAUUAUUUUAAAACCCACAAUAACAUAUUUACCCGUGUAUUAAUCUCAUGGUUGGCAUACUUCACCUUUAAUUCGCACACUUUCGAAAGGUUCAUUUAUCACAAGAACGACUUUUUAUGGAGAAAGUAAUACUUAACAUAGUGCAACAGAGGCGGCACAUGCAAAAGAAAAACCGAUUUUUUAAUGAUUAUUAUUUGUCAGACUCUUUGCAUCACAAUCAGAAACAACUGACUGGACAAAACCUGAGCCUCAAUGCUUACAGCGUUUUAAUGUUUUGCAGCUAUCUCUAUUUGAUCAUUAACAAAACAAUACAGCCUUUUUUUAUAAAAAACAUUAUCAUAUUAAACAUAUGACGUCACUAGUUUGAGCAAAUCAAACAUCGAAUAGUUACAUGUGCUCAAUAGAUAAUUAUGUAUGCCCACUGUUAUCACUGAAAGACUUAGAACUCUGAUAUUGAAAGGAAACGUGCUUUUUCUGCAACUAGGUUUCAAUAACAAUUAAUAAGAUAAAAUUUUAUAUUUGAUGAUUGAUAUUUCUGUAUUUAAUCACUGUGUAAAUACUGUAUAACGCAAUGAAUCCUACAAUGUUUUUAGAACGGAAUAACACCGGCGGAGAACAUUAGAUGUCAGAUCUGAAACAGGGUUGUAGACAUAUAAUUUGCGCUAUCAUAACAGGAUACGCGUUAGGGAAAUAGAGAAAGACAGAAACAUGUUUAAAAAAGGCAAAUUUUUAAAACAGUCUACAGAAUGUAACGCUUUUUCCAAGCAAUGCAUUCCGCAGUUUCGAUUACCGAAAUGUUUCGGGUUUGGUUACAAAGACAACUAAGUGAUGAAAACGAUACAUGCAAUGUCUUUUAAGAAAAAGCAACAAAACUGUUUAGUAAUAUUAUAACAAAAUUAAUAUAAGAGAAUAACCAAAAUAAACAAAACGCGGCUACACAUGAUAACAUUAAAUAUCGUAAGUAUUUCACAAUGGACAAAACCAGCCGAUUAUGAAAAAUUAACGGUUGGCAAAACAUGAAGCCUGCAUAAAGAGCGGCAAAAUAUGCUACGGAAAAGUUAACAGGGCUGUCGAAAAGUGUUAUGAAAAUCAACUGACAUUUACGACAAAAUGUGGUUUAAUGAAAAUAUUUAACGUCAUUCGUCGGAAAAAAUGGAAAACUAAAGAUUUCAAACGAGGCGUCCAUCAAUGAAUCUAAAUUAAAAAAAGAAAGCAUAAAUGACAAACAGAAACACUCGACGAGCAGAGCUGACCGUAAGCAGAGGAAACAAAUAAAAAAAAAAUGAUAAGGAAACAUGUGCAGUAAGAAACUCAAAGAAGUAUAUUAUCACAGAUUACACAGAUAAAAGUAAGUAGAGAGGGUAUGCGACAAAUGAUACCAAACAAUGGAACCCGAGACAACUUAAAGUCAUUAAAAAUUGAAUGAUUCCAAACAUUCAAACGUCAUGCAUUGCAUUCUUUUCGAAACAGAUCUGGAAUCUUCCAUGUCACCUAACCUAUCUGAGGAAGAAGUACGUACAGAAGGCAACGUACGCAGUUCUACUAAUUCUCCCAGUGAAACAAAAUUGGACAACGGUAGUACUCUUAUUUUUGUCUCUUUGCAUACAACAGUCCUAUCAGUGCCUUUCUGACGUGCACGUAAUUCAUACUUCCGCUAAACAUCUACAGCACGUAGAUAAACACUGACAUUUAGCCUCCAGAUACAGACAUGAUUUCAGUUACGAAUGCGCUUCGCUAACCCUUCAUCUGCCGACCUUAAUUUUCAACAGACGACAGUAUUUUAGGAUUUUUCAGAAUGCUACGAUCCACUAAGUUUACAGGAACAAAUGUUAUGAUCGCGUACUGUCUAUGCUUUAGGGACAUUUUGCUUAAACCGCCGAUGCUGGUUUAACUUCCUCAAUCAUCUCUUUAACGAUUGACGAUCACUAAGAGUGUACUAGGAUGUUUCCUUUUCCAAUUUACACGAUUUUGCCAGUAGGAUUGAUUUCCAAGUUAUAGAACUCUAAUUAAUACUCAUUGCUUGCAUAUAACUUUGAACUGAUUCAAGCGGCAUGUUAUACAUUAUUUUCGCGGCAGGUGAGGGCACAUCAUUGUUUCCUGACCUAACAGAGGAAGAAGUGCAACUCGGCAAUUCCACAAAUUCUUCGGAUGAAAUAACAUUUGAUAAUGGUAGUCUACGUUAUUUGUCUUGGUAUUUAACGCAUCCUGCCACUGUCUAUGUGGCCGGCGCUCAAUUCAGGAUUUUGGUAAACAUCUACAGUUAACAGUCAUUGCUACAUAACAAAUGCAUAGAGCUUCACGCAGCACGUGUUACACUAUUUUGCAACAGGUCAGGCAUCUUUCUCAUCACCCAACCUCCCUACGAAAGAUGUACACACAGAGGUUAACUCCGACAUUUCUGCCAAUUCUCCAAACGAAUCACCUCUGGACAACGGUAGUCCUCAUUAUUUACACAUUUGCAUUCAUAACACCCUAUCAUUGCAUAACUGCAUCAAAAUUGCUUUGCUUUUGUAAAGGUCUUCUGGAAAUAAUCCCUUAAGUGAUUAUCGAGCGGAGUCACAUGAGCGUAAUUAUGCGAAUGCGGUUAAGGCGUAGAAGGCGGACAUGCAUGCAGUUAAGUCUCUGUGGCUCCCGAGAUAGGGUUGUUUGUCUUGAGAAAUCUAUACAUUCCACUCAACGGACUUAGAAUCUACCGCCACACGGAUUAUAUUGGUCAGUAAACGCCAGAUUUGCAAGGCGGAACACCUUCAUAUUGAGAGGAGCUCAAUGGCACUGAUCCACAGCCGAUAUUCUAUGUGAUUAAUUGAUCCCAAAAAAUUCAGACGUCAUGCAUUGCCUUCUUUUAGAAACAAAUCUGGAAUUUUCCAUUUCGCCCAACCUACCUGAGGAAGAAAUACAUACAGAAGGCAGUGUACGCGCUUCUACUAAUUCUCCCAGUGAAACAACAUUGGACAAAGGUACAACUCAUAAUUUUGUGUCUUCGCAUGCAGAAUUCCUAUCCACAGCCGAUAUUCUAUCUCAGGCAUUGUAGGCAGAACAUCGAAGAUGUGUAUUUAAUUCCACAAAUACGUUUCAUUUAAGGUCGGCAUUUGACAUACGGCCAAGAUAUCCCAAGUUUAUUUGGAUGUGACGGUAUUCGCGUGCUCCGUAUUGCAUGCAUACGGUUUAUACAAAUUACUGUUUAAUACCCUGAAUAUGCGUAGUUGAUUUUCCGAAACUUCCUAAAUUCAAGCAUGUUCUACAGUGUUAAUACGCAAAAAUUUUAUUUCAUUUACUUAUUCCAGAGCACAUUACGUGUCAGUCUGAUGUCAAACUUAAGGUGGAAGUAUCUUCAGUUGUCAAUAUUGUUUUCACGAUAGAGGCAACGUACGCGGUUCUACUUAUUCUCCCAGAGAAACAACAUUGGACGACGGUGGUACACACAUUUUUUGUCUUCGCAUACAACAGUACUGUCAGUGACUUUCUAAAAGGCCCACAAUGUAUAAUUCCGCUAAACAUCCACAAUAAGUAGAUAAACACUGAAGUUUUACCUCCAGAGAGAGACACGAUCUCAGUUACGAAUGCGCUUCGUCACCCUUUCAGAAAUCUACGUUAAUUUCGGCAGACGAGAAUGUUUUAAGAUUGUGUAGAAUGCUGAAAUUCCCAGCAAGUGUGAUAGCAGUUAUAAACUUCCACCAACCUCACAGUAGCGAUUGUUGUGAUAACAUACAAUCUAUGUUUUAAGGACAUUUUGCUCAAACCGCCGAUGUUGACUUAACUUCUACAAUCAUCUCUUCAACGACUGACGAUAUUCGAUUGUGUACUAAACGUUUUACUUUCCAUUCUGCACGAUAUUGCCAGUAGGAUUGAUUUGCACGUUAUAGGACUCUUAUUAAUGACCAUUGCUUAAAGAUUAAUUCAAACAGCAUAUUAUAAAUUUUUUUCGCGACAGGUGAGGUCGCAUCAUUGUUUUCCGACUUACCAGAGGAGGAAGUGCAUCUCGCCGAUUCGACCAAUUCUCCGGAUGAAAUAACAUUUAAUAAUGGUAUUCUACGUAAUUUCCCUUGGUAUUUAACGCAUCCUGCUACUGUCUAUCUGGCAGGCGCGCAAUCAAGGAUUUCAGUAACCAUUUACAGCACGUAGGAAGAUGCUAAACACUGAUCCGAUUUACUUGCAACUUUCGUUUGGAUAAAUGCAGAUCUUUUGAAUUUUUUUGCCCCCGCGGUUUCUUUUGUGGCUAUCGGUCUACGCAAUUCCGUUUUAUCUGUUUGCACAAGGAUACAUUAUAUUUCAAAUUAUGCUUAUAUUUAUGGGAUCACGCCACAUUAAUUCACUGUUUUCGCUGCUUACGCCUAGUCACCAUUUUGGAAAUUUAUUUUAAACUGCUUAUCCUCUCCUACCUCCGUAUGAUCAUUUUUGCAGUUGCAUUUGUCCAGUGUGCUUUUGUUUAACAGAUUAAUUUUUAAAUUUCUAAGCCUUUGCUCAACCGAUUUCUAAAUAUUUAUUUGGCUUUCAUAACACUCUUUUUGGUCGUUGCAUAAGAGCUUAAUGUUGACUGAAACGUUUUAGUUCUCUUGUUUUUUCUUUUUUAUUCUCGUUUUUUUCAUAAUUAGAUUUUUUAACUCUCUUCGUCUGUAAUUUUCUAUUUUUCCGUUUUCUAUCUUUCCCUUAUUUGUUUUUGUUCCUUAACGUCUUUUUUCUUUUAUUUUUUAUUAUCUUCUCUCCCUGUUCUUUCCCGUUUUUAUUCUUUUUCUUUUUGUGUGUUCUUCCUUUAGUUGGUUUUUGCAUCCAUUUAGUUUGCCCACUUCUCCUUUUCAGAAUGCUUUACUUUCUCCCAAAUCUACUAUAUUUACAUUCUUUUAACUCGAUAUUUUUGAAUGCAUUUCUUAGUCUCACGCUCGCUGAUUUUUUAGUGCCUCCACAUGAUUUGAGCUUGCGUUUUCACAUUGGCUUCAUUUAUUUGGCUGCGUUACGUUGUUUGAAUUUGGAUAAUUGUACCUUUAUAUUUCGGUCUGUAGACUAUGGAAAUGUGGAGGAGUUUUUCUGCUUGCCUGCUAAUUUCGCGAUGCGUACUUGUGAUCCAAUUUGGUUCUGCAUAUUCGCGUGGCUGUACUCUAAGAUGGCUCCCAGACACAUCGCUGACGCUUGCUUUCAGCAAGCAGGGAAACGAAAGACACGCAUAUAUGCAGUACACAUUUUUUAUAAUUUCUUGAUACACCCAGGAAUUCAUUUUUGCAUCCAAACUAAACGGUCUGCAGGGUAUUACAGUAAAGACUCUUGCUGACUUUAUUAACAGAUAAUUGAGAUUUGGCGUCAACAUAUUAGUGCGUCAUUAAAUAGCAGCAUGUAUUCCAGACAGCGAUGAUGUCAUAGUGCACGAUUAAGUGUUUUAGAACGACAAUCUCUAUUGAAUGAUUAUUAAUCAUGUCCCAUUAACACAUGUCACAUUCAAUGAUGCCAGAUUAUACGUGCGGCUGUUUUCAUCCGCAUACUGUGUCAUUAGCGCGUAAUGAUUGUUAUUCUGAUUUAUUCAAAAAGGAGGACGAUUAGGUCCUGAAAUAUAUUUUAACAUUUUUUUUUGUUUUCCUAUCUUUUAGAUGCUGAGACGUUGAGUUCCGCUCUUUCAACUCUUAGUGAAACAGCCGAAACUGACGGACAUGAUGACGCAUUGAGCAGUGCUCCUUCUAUCGCUCUUUGUGCCAAGCUGGCCAAUUUCUUCAUUAUUUUUGUUUCUCUAAUGGGGUUGCGAUAUCUAUGA